AUUGCUCACGUCCUGUUGAACCAUCGACAUUUGGCUUUAACGAAAAUUUUGACUUUACUACUCAUUUGUCAUACAAACGUGAGAAUUUCUUUGGAAGAAGUUGGUUCUUCAGGGAACUGGAUGACAUCUUUGAAAAUGCUGACGCUCCUGUAGGAGUUCUCGUCACUGGCGAUCCAGGAUCUGGAAAAUCAGCACUGAUGUCACAGUUGAUUUGUUCAUCCUUUUCCAGCUCCGCAAUUUACGUCAACAUUAUUGGAUAUCAUAUCUGUGUUUAUGCAGAAAAGGAAAAACGGAAUGGUGCCCGCUUUGUUCGUAACUUAGUGAAUCAGAUUGCGAAUAACAUUCCCGAGUACGCUCUUCAUAUAAGUAAUAAAGUACACAUACAGACCAAGCUAGUUAAACAUUGUGAGCAGGAUCCAACUGCGUGUUUUUUAACAGCAGUAAUUGGACCUUUACGAGAAUUGAAAAAGAAGCCAGAAAACUUUAAAUACAUUGUAAUUGACGCCUUGGAUGAAUGUAUCGAGAAGGACGGAGAAACGUCAGCGAUAUUGGACAUACUUCACUACAAAAUGUCAUAUUUUCCUCCGUGGUUAAAAAUUAUAAUGAGUUCACGGAACGGGACAACAGUAACUUCAAAAGUUCCUCGAGCAGUAUGGAGAGUGUCUUUGAAUGCUGACGAUGAACGAAACAUUGAGGACAUUCGUUCUUACAUUUCACAAUAUUUGAGGAAGAAGUUUUCUUUCAUUAAUAAGCUGUACAAAGCAAUUUCUCCUCUGGAAGAUUCGAUAAACAAAAUAACUAACGAGUUAACUAAGCGUGCAGAGGGGAAUUUCUUGUUUGUAAAGACUAUCUUGCAGAAUAACCUAGAGGCCGAUGGUACGUUUAAUUUUAAUUCAUUGCCAAAUAGUUUGGAUGAUAUGUACUAUCAGCUGUUUCAACGAUACUUUAUAAAAAAAGAUUUUGAUGGCUACGAAAUUCUUUUCGAAGUUCUUCUGGCAAAUGGUUCAUUACCCAAAACAGAAUUCUUCGAAAUCCUUAUUCGUGAAAAUCAAGGUAGAGAAAUGGACGAGCUUGUUGAACGUGUGUCUGGUUUACUACAUUUUGGACAAGAUGAAACUGUAAGCAUUUAUCAUCAGAGUUUCGCUGAAUGGUUGACGAACAACCACCACCGUGUAAAAGGGUUUUCAAUCCAGAAAAGUCGAGGUCAUAAAUACAUUGCUAAUUUUCUUGUCGACCGUCAAAGAACUAAUCCUAAUGUUUCAUUUACUGAACUAUCUCGGUUAUGUAUGCAUGUGUUGAACUCUGGUGGCCCAAGUGAUGAUCACAAAGAACACCUAAAACUCUUGAACGUUCCAAAAAUUCGCAAUCAGCAAAAUGGUAAAUGCAUCUUGCAUGAGCUUGUGCAAAGAGAAAAUGGUCACCGAUUGUUGGAGGUUUUUCUUUCCAGCAUUACGUCAGUCGAUAUUCCUGACCUGGAAGGGAAAACACCAGCUUUCUACGCUGCCUCAGAAGGAUUAGUUGAAAACGUAAAACCUUUUCUUGAUAAAGGGACAUGUGCAAAUUGCAUUCUCAACGACGUGUCCAAAUUAGACGAAAUUAAAGCUGUUAUACAAAUGAAAGGGUACGAAGAAUUAAGCACAAUGCAUAUUGCAACUUAUAACGGCCACACAGAAGUGGUUUAUACUUUGCUUAAACACAAUGCGUCGUUUAUUCAAUUCAACGAGUAUAUACCGACAUUACUACACGUCGCAGCAGAACGAGGACACCUAGAUCUUGUUAAAUUGCUAUACAAUAGCGGUAAUAAAGCGGACAUCAUCUCCCUUCACCAUGCUGCCGCAAGAAACAACUCCCAAGUUGUGAAGUAUCUUUUAGAAACUGCUGGUGUUAAAGACGAAUGUUUGCAAUGGAAACAAAUGAAUACGUCUCAUUCUCAUCAAAAUAGAUCAAUUUAUGAUCUUCAUGACAUGUUUUGUGAAACUGCUUUACAUGCUGCCGUAUCGAAGCGUCAUAUCAACGUAACAAAACUUUUAUUACAGUUUGGAAACUCGGCGGUGGAGUGUAAACAUCAUUCAGGAAAGACGCCUCUGAUGGAUGCUAUAGAACGAAAUGACACUGAAAUGGCGGAAAUGUUGUUACAAAACGGUGCUAAUGUGGAAGAAAAAUGUGGUGAGAAAGUAUCACUGAACCUCGGCGAUUCACAAGCGAGUGGUCUUCGAUACUUUUAUGCCAAAAAAUUUCUGUAUACUUUUUACCGCGAGAAAACAUCUUGUCCAUGUGGGAAUAAAGCUCUUCACCUUUGCGCAAAAUAUGGAUUGUGGCAUAUGGCCAAAUAUUUAAUUAACAAUUGGAACACCAGUAUUCUUGAUAAAAAUUGCAAUGGUGAAAGUGUUUGGAAAAUUGCAAAUGUAUCAUACAACCAAGAUUUUAUUUACUACGUGAAUCGAAUGUUGUUGAAUUUGGAUGAUAAACCAGGGAAAUUAGGUAUGCCUAAAUAUCAACGUCGCACAUUAAAAAAAUUAUCGAGAAAAUUUUUCAUGAGAACCAAACCUUUCCAGUCUAGCUUCCAAUGUGAUUCAACAUUUGAAGGGAUGUCGCCAUUACAUAUCGCAGCACUUAUGGGAGUGGACAUGUUAAAUCGUGUGUAUAAGAAAGCCCAUGAAAUUGCACCAAGUUUACCUUUAAAUUGCACCAACAAACACUGGAUUACACCAAGAUAUUUAGCGCAUUUUUAUGAUAGUAUUCAUGCUUUGACAGAUGAAAGUCGUUCAAAACAAACUCAUCGUAGAGACGACGAAUAUACAAAGACUAUGUUACAAUACCCAGAUCGUGAAGCCGAGUUUCAUAUGAUCUAUAAUUAUUUCUAUCAUUCACCAUCGCCAGAAACAAAUGUUCUCGCUUACCAAUCACUUCCAAGGCUUCCUAAUUAUGAUGUGACAAACUGUCCCGGAUUCUAUGAUCUUCUUCCUGAAAGUAAAGCCCUUAGGCCGAAAUCCUACUGUCCUCGAAUUCAAGAAAGGCAUGAUGAAUAUCAUGAUCCAGCUAAAGCUGCGUUACGCAAAAUGAAGUAUUGUGAAAACGAGAAACCUAUCUUUUGUUUAUGUAUUGAUGAAUUAGAAUUUAGAAUGUUGGUUGAACAACAUGCGAAAGAUUGCUUCUGCCCUGUCUUUAUGGCGCACUUGAAGACAUGGCUCACUAGCAUCCCAAAGCACAAUCGUCGAAUCAACCAGUUUAUUGCAGAAAGAAUGGGAUGGGAAGAUUUGGGAAACGGUGAUUUUGAAAAACGAUGGCCUGUCUACUUUCUUUACAAGAAAAUAAAGAAUGA